UACGUACAUAGGUACCAUGCGAGUAUGUAGCUAGGGAGCGCAAGCGGGGGGUAGGAAAGUUGACUAGAGCUUGCAUAAUCGAUAAGAGCUUCUGUAUAUCCUUGGUACAGCACCAGCAGCACCAGCACCGUAGGCAGAUCGACGUAGACGCUACCUACCUACCCUACCGGUACGGACGGUACCUACAACUACGCUUCUUUCGUCUGAACUUCACUGUUGGCGAAGUCUGGAUGAUACCAGCAACGUCGCACAUCAGAUACGCCAUGAACCCCAUGUUGUUGAUGUUGAUAUGGCUUCACUAGUACCCGAACCAACGUAUACCGUCUUCAUCCGUCUCCCCUUUCCUCGGGGUGACUUCGUGGACCCUCCUCCUGUGAAUUGGGAACCCUCGAAAGAUGAAGCGCUAUGGAGUAUUGUGUCAAAGCUCUCUAAGACAGAGAUAGACUGGAACGAAAUUGCCGCCAAGUUCGAAGUCACCGUUGACUUUCUCCUCCAACAAGUUGCCUGGCUCACCGAGCGUCAUGCCUCCCAGGUGCGAGCCCAGAUGCGCAAGGCUGCCGCCGCUGCCAAAGUCUCGCCGGCACCAUCCCCCCAGCCACAAUCCCUCGAGGGCGGCUUUUCGGCCGAUCCUCCACGAUAUGUCGGUUCUACCGGGCAACCUCGCGCGCCUUCUUCCACCUCCAUCCGCAGGGACUCGCCCCUACCGCGGAACGAACAGAACACCCCGAGCUCAUCCAUGAGAAGCACUCCGCGGCCUGUCCCGACAAGAAAUUCAUCAACAAAUACCGCCUCAUACACAACAAGAAACCUCGGCGGCGGUACGAAGGGGUCUAGCAAGUCUGGCACUGAUCUCCAACGGCGGCUGACGUCUCUACCCAUUACCACCAACGUAGACGACCAGGAUGACAAAGAGUACCAAGAGACUGAUCCGAAUUCGCCCGGUCCGGCCGAGUCGAGCUCUGCAACUUCAUCUUCAUCGUCAAGCCCCGCACAGUCAAGGAUCAUCCGUCGUCCGCCACGAUGCCAAGGUAAUGAGGGCCCGUCGUUCGCCGGCGACGAUGAUGACGAAGACGAAGACCCGGCCUUUCUUCCUUAUCGGCCUCAAAAUAGUGGCGCAACGAGUGGUCAAUCCGACUUAGGCGCGACAUUGCGCGGCGAUACCAGGGACUCGGGUAAAAGAACCGUUAAAGGGUCAGGCCGAGAUCACAUUCAUCACUCACAGACUUCGGAUUCUUCCGCUAGUUCUGCUCCAGUGUCGAGGAGCACCCAUGGGAGGCGAAUUAACGGUCCCCUGUCACCGCGCCGGACACUAGAAUUGGCAGGUCGUAGCCCAGGUGGUAAAGCGAAAACAUAUUCUCGAGAUAGCGACGGAACUCCCAGCAUGGGAAGCAGCUUUAGCGACCUAGACGAUGCGUCCGUGACCCAGUCAGCUUUGGAAGAAGCGCUUGCAAGUAGGAUGCAAGACGGUGGCACAAUCAGCAGCCUUCGGGGAACACUUAGCAAUGCAUUCCGGAGCAGGUACCAGGGUAAACCAAGUAACAAUCCUUGAUUGUCAAGUGAGCCAUGGUUGUGUCGCUCUAGUACUGGGUAAAUGUUUGGCGUUUAGCGAUUAUCAAGACGUUAUUCAGGGUAUGGGUUUGGGUUUGGUAAUCUGGCGUUUAGGAUGGAUGGUAUUAUGAAAUUAUCAAUGCAACGAGUCUGGAGAAUUCUACUGCAGUUAUCAUAAGCCAUUAGUGGCUAACAAUCAAUGUAUUCUCUUUGAUCAAUCCUUAUCUCUGCCGGGAAGUUUAUGUCGGCUCGAGCAAUCUAUUAUGUGAUACGCAAACAAGAUUCUGGGGCACACUUAAUUACAGCUUAGAAAAUGGAUAUCAUAUCAUAUGUGUA